AUGGCUCUGCAGCCUUACCGCGAAGAAGAUUUAAAUUUUUUCAAAUUCGCGUCUCUUGUGUUGAAUGAAUUUCCAAACGCCCUGAGACAGACAUUUAAAGCCAUGUGGGACAACACCUAUGGACAUCGCCCUGGCUUCCAGCUCUGGGAUGAUUCCACUGCCGUGAGAAAUUUGUUUUCCGCUACAGAAGGUGGCAGAACCAAAGUUCCUGUCCAUCAGUCAUAUCACGAAUGGGAUUGCACUGCGUUGUUCCAGGCCACCAUCUACUCGCGAGUCUUCACCUCACAUCACGGAACGCUAAAUGACGUGUAUGUUAAGCCCCGUGGAUUAUCACAUGGCCAUUUUCAUCCGUCCGUAGUGAGCACAACUGGAAACAAUGCGGAAACCUAUGCAUUAGCGAUUGAUCAGUUACGCCUUCUGAGGAAUUCCGUUUGCCACUCAACAAGUUCUGAGAUAACAAAAGUAACCUUUGACCAGCAGGUGAAACAUGCCAAAGACGCAUUCCAAGCUCUGGGUGUCUCAACGGCUCCAAUUGAUGCUGUUGGUAGUUUAUUAGAGUCAGACUUUCCCACAAGUAAGGUCCGUAAACUUGAGCAGGCUAUCAAUGAAGAGAAUAAAUCGUACAUAAAAUUUCUUGAGGGUGUGAAUUCAGACAUUGCAGAGUUGAAGAAGAAAGUGGAAAGCGAUAUUGCUAGCAAAGAAGACGUCGCCAUGUUGGCACGAAAAAUAGAUGAACAAAAAGCUGUGCAAGACGUCAGUGAUAACAAAGAAGACAUCACUAUGUCGGCGCGGAAAGAAGGUGAGUUAAAAGGCUAGUGAAAAAAAUGCGCAACUCCUUUAACAAAGCUUAUCAAGCUAAUCUACCCAGGUGAAAAUGUAACUGAAAUCCUAAGCAAAAUAUUUUCACCACCUCCAAAACUGUAAAUAUGAUUGUAUUGGACUUGAAAGAAAUCCCGGCACCUCUUAUGGGCUCUUGCCAAGUCAGGAGAGUAAUUUACAGAUUUCACUAGAUACAAAGCCGUGCAGCGAGGGUCUUAAUCGAGGCAGGAGAAAUAGCUCGUGAGUCAUUUGUUUGAGAUUCCCAGCGGUAGCUUUUGUCGGCUGCUUAUUAUUACUUUGCACACCGAGUUACUGGCUAUAUCUGGGCUAUACAUAGUCAAUUUGAAUUCGCUAUAAUUUCAGCCUCAGUAAGGUUAAUUACUUCUUUUUAUGCAUCAAUAACAUUGUUGCUAUACUGGCAGUUCCAUAAAAGAUGAAAAAUCCCAAAACAGAAAUGAAGGGUAUGUAUCCCAAACUCAGUACCAGAAAGCCCCGACACUCCAGGGGCCAAUUUACCUUCCUCCAAUUCCACCCAUGAUCAUCACAUAGCUACUUUUUCCUGUACACUCGUAUCGAAUGACUCAACUAAAAAAUAUGCUCUCAUCACCCAAACCAAAUAUCUGAUAUCCAGUUGCCUUUUUCUCUUUUAAGAUAUCCCAAUAUCACUACCCCAAUCAAAGUUAAAGGGUGGCAAUCGUUUUGCAGAGAACCAAUCUUGUGAAGAUGAAAAAAUUAACAAAAUCGGAAUUGACCAAUCAGCUCUUCAAGCUCACCAGCGUGCCCUGCACAUACGUAUUAAACUGUUUGGAGAAGAACACCAAAGUACGGCUGACUGUUACAACGAACUGGGGAUAACACAGCAUAAGAUGGGUGAUUUCAAAGCAGCUCUGCAGUCAAAACAGCGUGAGCUGGACAUACGUAUUAAACUAUUUGGAGAGGAACACCAAAGUACUGCUGUCUCUUACUACUCCCUGGGGAUAACACAACAUGAAGUAGGCGAUUUCAAAGCAGCUCUUCAAUCUUACCAGCGUGCGCUGCACAUACGUAUUAAACUGUUUGGAGAAGAACAUCAAAGUGCGGCUAGCUGUUACUACGAACUGGGGAUAACACAGCAUAAGAUGGGUGAUUUCAAAGCAGCUCUGCAGUCAAGACAGCGUGAGCUGGACGUACGUAUUAAACUGUUUGGAGAAGAACACGAAAGUACUGCUCUCUCUUAUUACUCCCCGGGGAUGACACAGAGUGAACUAGGUGAUUUCAAAGCAGCUCUUCAAUCUUACCAGCGUGCGCUGGACAUACGUAUUAAACUGUUUGGAGAAGAACAUCAAAGUGUGGCUAGCUAUUACUACGAACUGGGGAUAACACAGCAUAAGAUGGGUGAUUUCAAAGCAGCUCUGCAGUCAAAACAGCGUGCGCUGGACAUACGUAUUAAACUGUUUGGAGAAGAACACGAAAGUACUGCUCUCUCUUACUACUCCCUGGGAAUAACACAGAGUGAACUAGGUGAUUUUAAAGCAGCUCUUCAAUCUUACCAGCGUGCGCUGGACAUACGUAUUAAACUGCUUGGAGAAGAACAUCAAAGUGUGGCUAGCUAUUACUACGAACUGGGGAUAACACAGCAUAAGAUGGGUGAUUUCAAAGCAGCUCUGCAGUCAAAACAGCGUGAGCUGGACAUACGUAUUAAACUGUUUGGAGAAGAACACCAAAGUACUGCUCUCUCUUACUACUCCCUGGGGAUGACACAACGUGAACUAGGUGAUUUCAAAGCAGCUCUUCAAUCUUACCAGCGUGCGCUGGACAUACGUAUUAUACUGUUUGGAGAAGAACAUCAAAGUGUGGCUAGCUAUUACUACGAACUGGGGAUAACACAGCAUAAGAUGGGUGAUUUCAAAGCAGCUCUGCAGUCAAAACAGCGUGCGCUGGACAUACGUAUUAAACUGUUUGGAGAAGAACACGAAAGUACUGCUCUCUCUUACUACUCCCUGGGAAUAACACAGAGUGAACUAGGUGAUUUUAAAGCAGCUCUUCAAUCUUACCAGCGUGCGCUGGACAUACGUAUUAAACUGCUUGGAGAAGAACAUCAAAGUGUGGCUAGCUAUUACUACGAACUGGGGAUAACACAGCAUAAGAUGGGUGAUUUCAAAGCAGCUCUGCAGUCAAAACAGCGUGAGCUGGACAUACGUAUUAAACUGUUUGGAGAAGAACACCAAAGUACUGCUCUCUCUUACUACUCCCUGGGGAUGACACAACGUGAACUAGGUGAUUUCAAAGCAGCUCUUCAAUCUUACCAGCGUGCGCUGGACAUACGUAUUAAACUGCUUGGAGAAGAACAUCAAAGUGUGGCUAGCUAUUACUACGAACUGGGGAUAACACAGCAUAAGAUGGGUGAUUUCAAAGCAGCUCUGGAGUCAAAGCAGCGUGAGCUGGACAUACGUAUUAAACUGUUUGGCGAAGAACACGAAAGUACUGCUGUCUCUUACUACUCCCUGGGAAUAACACAGCGUGAACUAGGCGAUUUUAAAGCAGCUCUUCAAUCUUACCAGCGUGCGCUGGACAUACGCAUUAAACUGUUUGGAGAAGAACAUCAAAGUGUGGCCAGCUGUUACUACGAACUGGGGAUAACACAGCAUAAGAUGGGUGAUUUCAAAGCAGCUCUGCAGUCAAGACAGCGUGAGCUGGACAUACGUAUUAAACUGUUUGGAGAAGAACACCAAAGUACUGCUCUCUCUUACUACUCCCUGGGAAUAACACAGAGUGAACUAGGUGAUUUCAAAGCAGCUCUUCAAUCUUACCAGCGUGCGCUGCACAUACGUAUUAAACUGUUUGGAGAAGAACACCAAAGUGUGGCUAGCUGUUACUACGAACUGGGGAUAACACAGCAUAAGAUGGGUGAUUUCAAAGCAGCUCUGCAGUCAAAACAGCGUGAGCUGGACAUACGUAUUAAACUGUUUGGAGAAGAACACCAAAGUACUGCUGUCUCUUACUACUCAGUGGGGAUAACACAGCGUGAACUAGGUGAUUUCAAAGCAGCAUUUCAAUCUUAGGGACGGACCAUUACAAAACUUAUGGGGGGGGAGGGGAAUUUUCGAGCCGCAGGAAUUUUUUUUCGUUAUCAAAUUCCUUGUAGGAUUAAUUGGCGUGCAAGAAUGUUUUUUCAUUUAAUUUUACCUUGCGCGAAUAUUUUUUUUUUACUUCGCCCGCCCCCUCCACCCCAUAAGUUUUCUAAUGGUCCGUCCCUUACCAGCGUGCGCUGGACAUACGUAUUAAACUGUUUGGAGAGGAACACCAAAGUACUGCUGACUGUUAUUACUCACUGGGGAUAACACAUCGCGCAGUAGGUGAUUUCAAAGCAGCUCUUCAAUCUCACCAGCGUGCGCUCGGCAUACGCAUUAAACUGUUUGGAGAAGAAUAUUGGAAGAACACCAAAGUACUGCUGACUGUUACUCCUUACUGGGGAUAACACAGCAUGAACUAGGUGAUUUCAAAACAGCUCUGCAGUCAAAACAGCGUGUGCUGGACAUACGUAUUAAACUUUUUGGAGAAGAACAUCAAAGUACUGCUGUCUCUUACUUCUCCCUGGGGAUAACACAACAUGAACUAGGUGAUUUGAAAUUAUCUGUUCAAAAUCAUCAGCCCGCCCUGGGCAUACGUAUUAAACUCUUUGGAAUAGAUCAUAAAAGCACUGCUGCCAGUGUCCGGGAAGUGGAGAAAACACAGCGCGCAUUG